GCAAGGCGAUAAGCACGUUAUGAGCAUCUAUCACGACGAGGUGGAAAUCGAGGACUUCGAGUACGACGAGGAGGAGGAGAUGUACUAUUAUCCGUGUCCCUGCGGCGAUCGAUUUCAGAUCUCCAAGGAGGAGCUUAUCGAGGGCGAGGAGGUGGCCACCUGUCCCAGCUGCUCAUUGAUAGUUAAGGUCAUUUACGAUCCGGAAAUGUUUAAGGCAGAGGAAGACGAGGAGACGACACUUAACGAGAAGCUUAGCGACCUAAAGCUUGAGAAGAACUAAAAGUACAGAGGCAAUUGGUGUAAUUAAAUAGUUUUUAUUUAUAUAAUUUUAUAUAUAGACUUUGUUUUAGUGUAAAUAAUACGUUGACUAGUAAAACAAUGAGUUCAAAUUAUUUAAGCUCGCGGAAACAUUA